AUGCCAUGCCAUCCCAUCCCAGACUGCGAGUUCUCGCUAGACAGAGAGGCAUCGCUGCAUUGGUACGCGGACUUCAACGAAACGCUCUCCUCCUGCGCCAUCGUUGCAGCUGACUCCAUCUCCCUCCUCUCCCACCCCACCCCCAUCUCUCACCUUCCCUCCCCAACGUCUUCCACCCCCACCCCAUCCGCCUCCCCUCCUCCUUCCACUCCUCCUGCUUCUCACUCUCCUCCUCCUUCUGCUCCACCUGCUCCCCCCUCUCCCCCUUCUCCCGCUCCUCCUCCUCCGACUGUCUCCUGCCCCCACCAAGGAACAUCCCUGUCAAACCGCCGGCCUGCACGUGUCCCCUCUCUCUCUCGCACCUCAUCACAGCCUCCCCUCUGGGCGCCCCUGUGGGACUGGAUGUCACCUGCUGGCACGUCUUCUUCACCCAGACAAGGAACCACCACUGCUUCCAGCACAUCCCACCAGCAAGCCACCGCCAUGCACACCUCUCCUUCCUCCUCUUCUCCAGGCUCCACCUCGCCCUCUCAUCCCCCCGAGCACUGCAAUGGGACCUCUCAACUGUCUCCCUGCCACGAAAAUACACAGGGAGAUGCUGGUCCAGAAGGAAGACGGACGGGGUACAGGCAGCAACGCUCUGGCGACCGCGGAAAGGGACAAGACAAGGGGAAGGGGAAAGAGAAGGCGGAGCUUAAGAAAUACUCUGUGGUGGAUUCUGGUGACGGAGGGAACGCAGGGCAGUUGGAGCAACGGGGCGGGUGCAUUGUGGCUAGACUGGGCUUUUCCCGGGUGGUGGACAUUACAGAUUCCUCCCAACAGCAUAAUCGGAACGAGCGUCCGGCUGUUGGGAUGCCGCCACCUGUCCCGGCUCGCUCUCUCUCCUCCAUGACUCGCCUGCUGGCUGCAAGCAGGGGCCGUGCGGCUGCUUUAGUUCAUGGUGCAAGCGGCAGUGACAAUGGCAGAGGCAGUGGGAGCGGGAGCAGCAGUGGUAGUGGGAGCAGCAGUGGCAGUGGUGGCGGCCUCAACAGGAAUGGACUUAGUCACACGCAGAUGUCUAAUGGCUGCAGCACUGCUAGUGGCACAGACACAGCUGCUCCUGCCCAGUCUAGUGGAAACACUGCAGCAGGCAAUGCCGAGAGCAGCAGCAGCAACAGUGAGUUUAACAACCCGGGUGCCUCUGCAAGUAGUGACACUGUUAUCAGUAGCAGAGGGAAUGGAGGCACUACCUGCAUGGAUAGCCGUUACUCGGAUCACAACAGGCCAACUGACCUUGUAGAAGCCCUGAGAAGGAGUACUACCAACGCCAGUGACAGAGGAGCUGCUGCGUCUUCCUCUGGUAGUAGUAACACUAACACUGCAGCCCCAACGUCCCCCACAUCGUCCUGCUUCCCUACCUCAUCGGCCCGGCGUCAGCCGUUCCGCCCUCCCCCCAUCCGCCUCACGCCAAACGGCCUCAAGGAGCGCAUUGCAUGGACCAUCAGUGCUGCUGUGGCGGCAUCUGCUCGCCAUGAGCUGCUGAGGCGCAUUGCAAGGCAGCUGCCAGAGCUGAGGCAGGUGGCCAUUGCUGACGUGCAAGGCCAGGGCAGCCUCUCUCUUGGACCUGAACAGGUAUGA